CUAUAUAUAGCUCACAAGUCAAUCUACUUCACUUUCGUUGUCUUAUAGUUGAACUAUUGGACGGCCUUCGGCAUCUCAAGAACGAUCAAAACCACCACCACAACCUCAGAGUUUCGACUCAUUCAUUCAUUCAUUACCACGCGAUCUGAGUGAGAGAAGAUGGCGUCAAGCUGUGGCUCGCACUCUGCUUCCAACGGCCACAACUCUCGCAUCUCCGCCGCCGACUCCUCCGCCGCCGUGUCCGACGCUGGCUCCGGCGAGAUCAUGCUGUUCGGUGUACGAGUCAAGGUGGAUCCGAUGAGGAAGAGCGUGAGCAUGAACGAUCUGUCGCAGUACGAACAGCCUCAGGAGUCGUCCAACGCCGAUGUCGCCGUCGCAGCCGGUUACGCCUCCGCGGACGACGCCGUUCACCACCACUCCUCCACGAAUCGUGAGCGUAAGCGAGGAAUUCCAUGGACCGAGGAAGAACACAAGCUAUUCCUUGUAGGAUUGCAGAAAGUAGGUAAAGGAGACUGGAGAGGAAUUUCAAGGAACUUUGUGAAGACUCGGACACCAACCCAAGUCGCAAGCCACGCUCAGAAAUAUUUCCUCCGGCGAAACAACCUCAACCGGCGUCGCCGUCGAUCUAGCUUGUUUGACAUCACUACAGACUCGGUCAAUACAAUUCCAAUGGAAGAAGAACAAGUCCUUCAAGAUAACACAUCUCAGUUGGUUCUGCCAACAGCCACCCCGUUGCCUCAGCUGGAAACUUCCAAUAUCAGUGUAUUUUCAGUGACACCUUUUCCGGUGGCCGUCAAUCCUGUUCCAUCGGAAAACCUAACCUUAGGGCAAGUUGAUCAAGUGAAUAAUAAUGCAUCAAAGAACCCUGUCUUGCCAAUUCCAUUUCUUCCAACUCCUGAUGCAGCAAUUGUUGGGGAUCUUAACUUAUAUCAGAAAUCAAUGGUCGAUUCUUUACCACUCUCUCUCUGCCUUUCUUUAUCGUCUGAUCAGAAUCAGUCGUCGAGGCAUUCGACAGUUAAGGUGUUUUCAAGCUUCCACAAUGGAGAUGGCAUCAUAACUGUUGUUCGAGGAAGAAAAUUACACAAGAUAAAAACACAAGAGUUGAUAAUCAGAAAAGUCUGAUCUAAGAAAAGAUAAGGCAAUUAGGGCCAGAGUGGUUGAUCUUUGUUAUGUACAGACCAGAAAAAUGUGAUGUGUUGUUGUACUAGUAGUGUUAUGCCAUUUAACUUGUUAGAUUCCUGUUUAUUUUGUCUGCUUUUGUUAAAACAACUGAAUAGAACUAGUACCCUCUUGUUUAUUGCUGAUAUGGGUUGGGUUGCGUUGGUCUAUGUAUGUGGUUUUCAUAUGUUUAUCUGGCAAUAUAUCAAGGGAGGUCGUUGUAUUCCUUUAUGUGAAAAGAUAAUUGAUUUUGUUGCUUUGA